AUGAUAAAUCGAACCAUAGACUCUACUGGAGCGUCUAUGAUCGAACGUAUGAAAUGCGCAUGCGCAAUAACGUUUGCCUUAAAACACGGGAGUGGUCGUAUCCUCAACGUGGAAAUGGAUUUCGCAGUCACCCUAUCGGGGGAAGGCCCUUGGGGAUUUCGCGUUAAAGGAGGCGUCGAAUCGAACGAGCCGCUUACUGUAUAUAAGUUGAUAUCAACAGGCAAGGCAGCCCAGGCAAACGUUAAAACAAAUGACGUAAUUGUGAAGAUAAACGAUGAUUGGACAAAAGACAUGGCUCUGACAGAGGCUACUAAAAUAAUACGUUCUACGACAAGAGAUCUCCGCCUUGUAGUUCGAAGGGGAACGUAUAAAUUCGCACCCCCACAAGCAGUAUGGAAUAGGCCUACCAGCGCUGUCACCAUGGCAACGUCACCGGUGUCAUCAACUCACUCGUUCGUUUCCCAAUUCAGUCCUCCUCUCCACGGCCAUACCCCAGUGCGUACUGGUGAGCUUAAUAUGUCGAAUUCCUCGCAAGACAAAACUAAACUUUGGAAACAAACUGCCGGGAACGAGGUCGGAGCAACUAGGGGAAAUUUUGUGUCGCCGUCGUCUCAUGUAAAGUCGCCAAUAGAAACCAAUGAAAGGCUUAUUAACCAAAAUGGUUCAACCCAUAAUGUCAUAUCCAUGGCAACACCUGAUCGGUAUUUUGACGUGAAACAUCAUUCUCCGGCAACUUAUGAAGAUGCAUAUGAACCGCGUCGUGACAGUGUGCCAACUCCUGCAAGACCACACAGUGCGCAUUUCGAAAGCUGUAUACAUGAUCCGCGUACGAAGCAGUCCUCCCCGGUAUACAAGCCUGUUAUUACUCGUAGCCCAAUCACCAAGGCGCAUCUCUAUGGUUCCAAUCCCGAUGACGCCGACGUGGAAUCACUGUGUAGUUCUUGGUCAGCGACAAGUAAUAAAGAGGAAAUAGUUCGGGAACAGCAGUAUGAACCUAUGAGAAGUCCCACCAAGGUUCCCGGAUACUACGGUCGGCUCCAACACGAGACUGAGCAAAGAGAUGCAAAAACGGAUUCCGGUCAAUAUCAAAUCCGUCCCAGCAGGGUUGAGAAGGAUGCGUAUCACAGCGACGGUGAAAUCAUGCGCCCUCAACAGUUGCUCAGUAAAAAGGAGCAACACGAUAAACCAAGCUCGGUGGCGUCUAUACCAAAACAAAACAUUAGACCCGCAGCUAUGAACAGAAAUCCCACCCGAUCAAGAAACGCUCAGUCAUCUCCACAGAGCAACGGCGUAGUUAACCCAUACAAGCAAUUGUACAGUCGCGCUGAAAUCAGUCGACAAAACACCGGUCGGCAUGGUAUGCCGAGUCAGCAAUACUAUAGCGAUGUUGAAGACCAUCGUACGCGGUACAUCAGGCGAAGUGACACUGUGCCUAAUCACAGCGACAUCGAAGGACAACCAAGACGACGGCCAGUAAAAACUUACGUUGCCCCUAGCAACCAAUUUUACAGUGAUACCGAGGACUACGAUCGAGGUAAUUUGCGUCGCAGUUUUCUCAACGCCGGUCAUCAUCAACACCCUGGCGGGAAUACGUCCAGACGAAGAGCAAGUGCUGGAACGGCUGUCCAUGGAAGCCGACAGUACAACGGUACAGAACCAAACCUAACUCGUGCUGCCGGAGAAGUGGUUAGAGAACCUCAAUAUACGCCUCGCGCGCUGAAUAAACCGACCACAAUGCCAAAAUAUUACGACAAAAUAGAAGCGCUCAUAUCAGACGACGUUGUAGCUAUGUCCGACACCGAGGCCAUUACUCCUAGAUAUACUCGUAGACGAAAGGGCCGCUAUAGUGAAGGCGAUAUGUCUAGUCUAAAUCAACAUCAGCAAUCUAGACAAAAAAUGGAUUUUCAUAAAAAUAAAGAAAACAUAACUUUUGGUGCGUUGAAUGAUGUCCCUGAACAAAAGUAUCGAUCGUCACAGUAUCAACAUUCUCGAGGCGAGUACGCAGGCGGUACCACAUUUCAAAGAGCGCCCGCACCGACUGAACUGAGGGACACCCCGCACGGAAAACCAGAAUGGAGACCUGCGGAUUCAACACAGUACUCAGAUUAUAGAAGAAACGCAACACCGUUCAGCAGUGAAGACAAAAAUACAUCAGAUUACCAGAAGCACUUCCCUACUCAUACACAUUUACACGGUCCUCGUAGUCAUGGAAACCAACCACACCAUGUUUGGAUGUCAACAAAUGAUUACGUUGUGCAAAAUGACCAACAAGAAAUACCAAAAUAUACUAAUCCCCAAUAUUUUAGCGAAUCCGAGGCAGAAUACUAUAACACACGUACGUAUUCAGAUUCAGGGCCUGAUCCCGUACAUUUAAACCAACCACGUCGCUCAACUGGGAAUGUGUAUAACGCUAUUCAAGACGCGGCCAAGACAAAACCACGACCACUAAACUUUCGCGUCGGCGUGGACAGCGGAUCUGACGUUUACAAGACAGUACAUGCCGCCACGCCCCCGGGAAGACCAGGACAAACGAGUGCGCAAUAUGUGAAAGGGUUUGAAGACGACGAAAUCGAAUAUUAUGAUUACGGUAACCCUGUCAUCCAAUCGCCGUCUUUCGUGAAAUUACACAGGAUUUUAGAAGAUUCUGAAGAAUUGUAGAACAUUAUUACUGCGAAUAUCAUGAUUAUGAUAUUACCGAUUAUAUAUAUAUAAUCUAUUAUAUUAUAUUAUUCGUGGCCUUCUUGGAAAUCUGCACACAUGUAUUUACAUAUACAUAUUAAAUUAAUAUUGGUUUGUGAAGGCACUAAAAGAGCAAAUUCUGAAUCAACGUCCUUCGAUGACGUCAUCCUGAGGGAGCGCCUGAAACAAGAGUUAAGGAGUUAGAAGUUAGAUGAAGUUACCAAAAAUAAAAGAUUUUUAAAAAUAAAAAAUAUGUCGUCAACACAAAAGUUGUCGUCAGGCAUAUGGGAAUAAAAUAUUUGCUAGAAAAAGAAUAUUUAAUUAGAUGUAUUCGUAUUCUCCUAUUUGUGUACUGCGUCAUGUUUAUAUCAACCCACAAUGUUGAUGAUAUUCGAUGUAGUCAAGGUUACUGGAUUGAGUUCGGCUAUUUUUUCCCAUCAGCAUUAAUUUAUACAACCAACAUUUUAACAAGCUACAAUAGCAAUUCGUUUAUAAGUGUGAAAUGUUGUCACAAGA